AUGACAUUUAUACGAAGAAAUUCUCUGUGUCCUUGUGAUAAAAAAAAAUUACCCUUUAAAUCGUUACUAGCGUACGUCGUGAUUGGAUUAUUGGCAACAGAAAAGAUUACUGCAACAACUCAAUUUCCAACAAUUUCAAAGUGUCAUAAGAAAAAUGCACAUGUUUCUAAUCUUGACUCGGUGCUAAACACACCUCCAAUGAAUUCAACCGAAGAAAUAAAACGAGCAAAUGAAAUAAAAGUCAAUCAAGACGAGACCUUCAAUCCGGAUAGUGUGUUAAUAAAACCUUCAGAUAGAAUUCUUCUUCCCGUAUUCAAUGAAACGGAGAACACGAAAUUCAUUUCAGCAAAACGGAAAAAUUCUUCGAACCAGACUUUAAUUAAUUUACACAAAGUAAAACCUCUGAAAGUAAAUGCAAGUGAACUUCCUGCAGCGAGAUUCAUUCCAAAAUUGCCAGCUCAUCAGCAACUAAAAAAUAUUUCAAAG